GGGCAUGCCUGUCAAACUCGCGCAAAACUUCUUCCUCUGUGAUCCAUUGGAGAGCUUACUUGUACCGUACCGGAUCGCAACGGCGCCGUGGAAUCUCUGAUCAUGAUGAUGAGUGAACGGGUCGGCAAUUCUAUACCAUUUUACUACGCCUGCUGCUGCGGCUGCGGAUGCGGCUGAGUGUAGUCAACUACUGCCGUGAAGAAGAUGGGGUCGUAUUCGCCCGCGGCUUGCUCAUUCGGUAGAUAAUGUACCUGGGUCGUGUUCGACUGUUCGUCCACGGGUACCAUGGGGUGAGAGAAAGUUGCUGACCAACGACAAACGACACACGUGGCAGCCAAGCAUUUUGUCUUUCCUUUCGCAAGAACUCCCGUCUUCCAUCUCGAAGACCGAUGUUCAACGGAGCACCGGGAAGCAAGGGCACCUAGGAAGAGAAGGGAAGCCAAGGAGCCAAUCGUGGCCUGACUGAUAGUCAUCCAUACCAGAGUACCUACCUGACACAAAACGGACAUCCUUGCAAAAAGGGCAUGGCACUACCUCACUACUACAGUACUACUUACAACCCGUGGACUAGGUGUUGAUCGUAUACUACCAGGUGUAUUAAUCGGGCUCCGCGCGAGCGAGGUUUCGAUAAUAAGUACCUCUACUGCUAACUCCCCCUCACCAUUCUUCUCUACCUACCUACUUACUAGACUCUCAUUUGUUUCUAAUUCACUCUUCUCGGCUACUGACCCUCUCUCUAUCUCUCUUUGUCUCUCUCACACACACGGACUGACUGACGGACUUGACCUACGGCAUUGGCGUGCUCGCAGUGAUGAAGCUUUCGCCAGUGCAGGUGGCGGCGACGUGGGCCCUGAUGCAAGGGUCCAUCGCAUAUGCGCAGAUCGCUCGAACGUGUCCUGCAUCCGACGCCAGCAUCUGUUUCGCGUUGAAUGUCCCCGACGCCGCAGCGACUUCGGGAACGGGCGACAUCUUCUUCCAAAUCCAAGCACCGGCGACGACGCACGAGUAUGUCGCUCUCGCGCAAGGGACACAGAUGGCCGGAGCGAAUAUGUUCAUCCUCUACCAGAAUGCGGCGGGAACAAAUGUGACGAUUAGCCCUCGUCUGGGGACGGGACAUAUGCCACCGAGUGUGCACAAUGUGCAGUUGGAAUUGCUGGAAGGGUCGGGGAUUGCGAAUGGCACCAUGACGGCCAAUGUACGGUGUUCCGGUUGCCACAGUUGGGAGGGCGGCAAUAUGGACUUCUCUACCACCAGUGCGGUAUGGAUCUACGCAUCCAAGACCGGAACGCCCAUUCAGAGUGACGCGAUCGAUGCCGACAUCUCUUUCCAUGACGACCAUGGAGGAUUCAGCUGGGAUCUUGCGAGCGCAAAAGGUGGCAGCGCUGUCAAUCCAUUCGUGGCAGCAGAGGUUGCCACUACCAAUGCCACGGUAUCGAGCGUAUCCAGUGGACCCUCGGACGCGGUCCUCAUCGCCCAUGCAAUCUUUGGCUGUCUCGCAGUGGCAUUCGUGCUCCCCAUCGGUGGAAUCCUGAUCCGCGUGGGAAACCUCUCGAACGGUAUCCUCGUGCAUCAACUCAUCCAGUAUACAGGUCUGGUCAUGUACAUCAUCUGCUUCGGUCUCGGAGCCUACUACGCGAGUGAAGACGGCUACUGGGGAGAGACGCAUCCGCGACUGGGCACAGCCAUUUUCGCAUUGAUGCUGACACAGCCCGUAUUCGGCAUCAUUCAUCACGCCAUGUUCAAGAAGAUCCGAGGACGGACGAUUUCGUCGUACUUUCAUCUUACCGUCGGUCGCUCCAUUAUUCUCCUCGGCAUCAUUAAUGGUGGGUUGGGUCUGAAACUCACGGGGAGGGGCACAGGUGCGAAGGCGGGAUAUGGAGUGGGAGCGGGUAUUAUGGGAUUGGCAUAUGUGGCCGCGAUUGUAUUUGGCGAAGCGAAGAGGGCGAAGACGCAGGGCACUUCCAGUCGCGAUUCGAGCGUGGAGUUGAAGCAGAAGAGUGAAGAAGAAGCGAAACAGAUGGAGGAGGGCAAAUAG